AUGCGAUGCCAAAAUAACAGAGUGCAGUCAGACUUAUUCCAUGAAGCACUUCUGAAUACAGAAAAAUGGGAAUAUCUUGAAGCUAAAUGGAAGCCAUUAGAUCGUAUCUUAUCAGCACAUAUACUUUCUCAGAGAAUUGCUUCCCAAAAAUGCUUAAAAAUUCAUCAAGUAAAAUAUCCUGAAAUUCCAAUCCCAUUAAUUUAUAGGCCAAAAGAUGAAUGCAAACAGAAUUGCCUUGUUCAAAUUCUCGGCUUAUCUGAAAAGAAGGAGUUAGUAAAAAAUGAUAUAGAACUCGGAUACACAAUGACCAUUCAUACUAGUCAAGGAAUGACUCUUAAGUCACCACAACGUGUUUGGGUCAUUGAUAAAAAUCUAGCCUGGGAUAAUCUAAUAUAUUUGGCAGUUGGUCGUGUAAAAUAUUUAAGCCAACUCAUUCGGGUUGAAGCACCUCCAUUACCUCCUGAAAUUGCCCAAAAGAUUGAAAAGGCAAAAAAGAAAAAAUGGCUAAAACACGAAUUGAGGCCGUCUAUUCAAGAAAAACAUAUCAGAUAUAUGGGCCAGGAUAAAGAAAAAGGCUGUGAAUUUGAUCUAACAGUCGACUAUAUCCUUACAUUAAAACAUAUUCAAGAAGACAAAUGC